CCGGUUUGAAAGAGAGACAACCGAUUCACACACAGCUCCAUUUUCCAUAUUCCACUUCUGCUCUCUUUACAGAUCUGAUAAGACCCCACCUAUGGUGCUGAGGAUGCCAUUGCAACCCGAGAACACGAAGCACCCUGAUGAGGAAGAUUCUUGUUCUGUAGCUUACUCAACUGCAGCAUCUUCAAGGACUAUUAAGUCCAGGAUGACUGUUUCUGCAGCUCCUCCAUUUAGAUGUACAGAACAUGCAGGGAAACAGAAGGAGUUUUAUUCAAAAUUAGAGGAGAAACGUAAAGCAAUGGAAGCUGAGAAAAGCCAGAGUGAAGCAAGGACCAAGAUCUUAAUAUUUGAAGGAAGAGAUAGAGGUGGCGGUCAAGCCAUUCAGAAAGAGUUUAUCUUUUAUGGGGAACCCAAUGCCAAGCUUCUACCAUGAGGGACUACCACCAAAAGCUGACCUGAGAAAGGAAAAGCGUGUGGCCUGGUCUCUUACCUCCUCCAUUGUCGCCUUUUAGAAGGGCAUCAUCCUUGUGCCACUGCAUUUUCACAACAUAAGGUCAGAGAAACUUGGUUAGGAAAAUUUCAGAGUGGUUUUUCAUUUUGGAGAACUAUUUUUAGCAUCCAAGGUUUAAUAGUCUGGUCCAAUUUUAACAUAUGUUGCUAUAGGA